AUGUCUUCACCAAGUGAGCUGAUCUUCUUUGUCAAUGGAAAAAAGGUGGUGGAGAAGAAUGCGGAUCCAGAGGAGGUGCUGCUCAGCUUUCUGAGGAGAAGAGCUGGUCUGACGGGGACGAAGUAUGGCUGUGGGAGCGGAGGGUGUGGAGCCUGCACUGUCAUGGUGUCCAGAUACAGCCACCAUCAGGAAAGAGUCGUGUAUCCAUUUCAUAACAAGUCGAACCUGUUAAUUUCAAACCUCAGAUAUUCCCUCCUUUGAAUAGUUUAAAAAAAAAAUAAGAGUUCUGCAUCCGUGACCUUUAAAUCAUGCAGACACUACACUGUGAACGCCUGCCUGCAGCAGAUCGUCACCCUGCACUGUGCUGCUGUGGUGACAGUCGAAGGCAUCGGCAGCACCAAGACCAAACUGCACCCCGUCCAGGAGCGAAUCGCGAAGGCUCAUGGGUCUCAGUGUGGCUUCUGCACUCCGGGGAUGGUGAUGUCCAUGUACACCUUGCUGAGGAACAAACCUCGGCCCUCCAUGGAGGACAUCAGGGAAGCUCUUGGAGGGAACAUUUGCCGCUGCACAGGCUACAGGCCAAUUAUUGAUGGAUUUAAGACUUUUUGUGAUAGUGAGACUUCUGCCUGCUGCCAAAAUGGAGGAGGAGGAGGAGGAGGAAAAUGCUGUAUGGAAAAUGGAAUGGACGGCAGUAAAAGCCUUAACAGCGAGGAGAGUGAUGUAUGUCUAAGAGUUGAAAACACUUUUUGAACUGUAAACUUUAUUUUUAUAUUGAAUGUGACUGUUAUCUUUUCCUGCCUUUGUCAGAUUUCUGAAGAACUUUUCCCAAUGGAGAAUCUUUUACCUCUGGAUCCUUCUCAGGAUCUUAUCUUCCCUCCAGAGCUGCUGAUAAUGGAGAAGAAACUCAGUGGGGAGGCUCUUUAUUUCCAAGGACAGAGAGUGAAUUUGGUGGCUCCCUCUGAGCUGUCCCACCUCCUGGAGCUAAAAGCCGAACAUCCCUCAGCUCCACUGAUUGUUGGAAACACAACCAUUGGGCCAGAGAUGCUUGUGAAAGGAGUCCACCAUCCUCUGCUCGUCUACGUCGGACGGAUUCCUGAGCUCAGUGCUGUGACAUGGGGGGAAAAUGGUGUGACAGUUGGAGCCGCCUGCAGCCUCAGCACAUUGAAGGAGGAACUGGAGAGGGCUGUGUCUGAGAUGGAGGAGUCGAGGACCAGAGGAUACCGGGCGCUGCUGCAGACUCUCCAGUGUCUGGCAGGGAAACAGAUACGCAACAUGGCGACAAUUGGUGGGAAUCUCCUCAGUGCAAAUCCCAAAUACGACCUGAGCAGUGUUUCGGCUGCUGUGGGCUGCACACUGCACGUCGCCUCCAAAGAUGGGACGAGGGACAUUCCCUUCAAUGAAAAGCUCUUCACUGCCUUUGGGAAAACGGCCCUGAGGCCCGAUGAAGUCCUGCUGUCCAUCAACAUCCCCUGCUCCAAACCUUGGGAGUUUGUGGCAGCUUACCGACAGGCCCAGAGAAGAGAGUUCGCCUUUUCCAUCGUGAACGCUGGAAUGAAGGUGGUCAUAGGGGAGGGAACCGACAUCGUGGAGUCCCUCAACAUCUACUACGGCGGCGUUGGACCAACUCUAGUCAGACCGGAACGGACGUGCCAGCAGCUCGUUGGACGGCCGUGGGGUGAAAAUCUCCUCACUGAGGCCUGUCACUUCCUGAAGGAAGACGUGGACGUGUCUCCGUCAAUCCACGGAGGGAAGGGGGAGUAUCGCAAGAGCCUCGUCUUCAGCUUCUUCUUCAAGUUUUACAUGCAAGUUGUCCUGGAGAUGGGAGAGAGGGGUGUCUCAGAUAUUGAUCUUCCCCUGGAGUAUCUCAGCGCACUCAAGCCCUUCAAGAACGAAGCUCCACAGGGUCAACAGUCCUACCAGCUUGUGUCGGAGGCCCAGCCCUCCGUUGACCCCGUGGGGCGACCCAGCAUGCAUCAGUCGGCUUUCCAGCAAGCCACGGGUGAAGCUAAGUACUAUGACGACCUGCCACCGGUCGAAGGAGAGCUCUUUAUCUUCAUGGUGACAAGCACGAGAGCGCACGCUAAAAUCAGUAACGUGGACCCGUCGGAGGCCCUGGAAAUGCCCGGUGUGGUCACUGUGGUCUCGGCCGGAGACGUUCCUGGGGCGAACGUCAGACUCUGGUUCAACAACCCAGAGGAACUGUUCGCCACGGAGGAGGUGUUUUGUGUGGGUCAGAUCGUCUGUGCCGUGGUGGCAGAGAGCAGGGAACAGGCCAGGAGAGCAGCCCAGAAGGUCCAGGUCACCUACCAGGACCUGCAGCCUGUCUUCUUCACCAUUGAGGACGCCAUAAAGCACGAGUCUUACUUUGAGCCCAAGAGGAAGGUGGAGAGAGGGGAUGUGGACGAAGCGUUGAAGACAGCUGAACGUAUUCUGGAGGAUGAGAUCUAUAUGGGCGGGCAGGAGCACUUCUACAUGGAGACUCAGGGACUGAUCGCUGUUCCCAGGGGAGAGAAUGAAGAGAUGGAUUUGUUUGUGUCCACUCAGCACGGUGCCUUCACUCAGGAGCUGGUCGGCAUGGCGCUGGGCGUCGAGUCCAACAAGAUCACCUGCCACGUGAAGAGGCUGGGCGGAGGGUUCGGAGGAAAGGUGAUGAAGAUCGCGUCCCUCUCGGCCAUCACUGCAGUCGCAGCACACAAGACUGGGAAGGCCGUGCGCUGCUGCCUGGACCGAGGGGACGACAUGCUGAUCACUGGUGGCAGACACCCAUUCCUCGGAAAGUACAAGGUUGGGUACAACAGCGACGGCACCAUCGUAGCCGCCGACAUAAUUUACUACAGCAAUGGAGGAUGCACACUGGACGAGUCCUCAUUCAUUAUGGACAAAGCGAUCCUCCACAUGGACAACGGCUACAAAAUCCCCAAUCUGCGAGGUCGGGGCGUGGUGUGCAAGACCUACCUGCCGUCGAACACGGCCUUCCGGGGCUUCGGUGGGCCUCAGGGCCUCAUGGUGAUGGAGAGCGUCCUGCACGAGGUGGCGGUUCGCUGCGGCCUGCCCCCAGAAAAGGUCAGAGACGUCAACAUGUACAGGGAGGAGCUGAGCUACACCCACUACAAGCAGCCGUUCUGCCCCACCAGCAUGGUGCGCUGCUGGGACGAGUGUCUGGAGAGGGCCGACUAUGAGGAUCGGCUCCGAGCCAUCCAGCUCUUCAACUCCUCCAACCGCUGGAAGAAGAGAGGCAUCGCUGCCGUGCCGCAGAAAUUUGGCGUCGGCUUCUCCAAAGGUUUCUAUAAUCAAGGUGCAUCUCUGGUGAACAUCUUCAAAGACGGCUCAGUGCUGGUGACACACGGAGGGACAGAGAUGGGUCAGGGCAUCCACACCAAGGCCAUGCAGAUAGCGAGCCGUGUCCUCAAGGUCCCCAUGUCUUGCAUCUUCAUCAAAGAGACGUGUACAGGGAACGUCCCCAACGCGGCACCGUCCGCUGCCUCGUUUGGCACUGACGCUGUGGGCAUGGCCGUCAAGGAUGCUUGUGAGAAGCUAAUGAGACGCCUGAAACCACUCAUGGAGGCGAAUCCCCAAAACACAUGGAAGCAAUGGGCCAGUGACGCUUUCUUCCAGAAGAUCAGUUUAUCUGCAACUGGAUUUUUUAUGGGACCAGCCACCAACGUGGACUGGGAGAAAGGGGAAGGUCAAGCGUACUAUUACUUCACCUACGGUGCCUGUUGCUCUGAAGUGGAGAUUGACUGUCUCACUGGGGAUCACAAGAACAUUCGGACUGACAUCGUGAUGGAUGUUGGGAAAAGCAUCAAUCCUGCUUUGGACAUUGGACAGGUGGAGGGAGGCUUCGUCCAGGGCAUCGGCCUGUACACCAUUGAGGAGCUGCAGUUCUCCCCAGAUGGAGUCCUGAUGACCAGAGGACCGUCUCAGUACAAGGUGCCAUCGCUCUGCGACGUCCCAACUGAGUUCAACGUGCAUCUUCUUUCCAACUCCGAAAAUCCUCACGCCAUCUACCUGUCCAAGGGUGUAGGUGAGCCUCCAGUCUUCUUCGGCUCCACUCUUUUCUUUGCCAUCAAAGCAGCCAUCGCAGAGGCUCGCAAAGAGAAAGGACUGGGCGACACGUUCCCCCUGAGCUCCCCGGCUACAGCUGAGAAGAUCCGCAUGGCCUGUCAGGACCAGUUCACUGAGAUGGCCUCAUCUCAGACGGACGGGACGGCGACUCCGUGGUGCAUUCAGGUGUGA